CUUUGCCCUAACAACUGACAUUGACAGUGACAGACAUGUCAAAGAGAGUUCAAAUUUACGAGACAAGAUCGAAAGUUUUUGCGUUGGUAAAGUAAAAUUAUUAAUGAAAUUGUGCCGGUAAUAUUAAAACUAUGUCAGUACCUGACAUUUUGUGAAUGUACAGAAGUGUGAAUUUAAUGGGUUACAAAUUCAGCGCUUCGAAAUGCCUUGGUAUUUGUUUAGGUAUCACUUUCAUCAUGGGAUGCUAUUUGGCCUCCUUACCAAUACAGAAGGAAAGAGCGGCUUUACCUAAACCAAUAAAACAUCAAAUAAGCUCGACCAUUCCGGUAAAAAGACGUCUAGCUAUAAUCGUACCGUUCAGAGAUCGGUUCGAUGAACUGCUAGAAUUCGUUCCACAUAUGUACAAUUUCUUGAACAAGCAAAAAAUACCUUUCAAUAUAUUUGUUGUGCAACAGAAAGAUAACAACCGUUUCAACCGAGCUUCUCUCAUUAAUGUUGGAUUUUUGUGUACCAAACUUGACUAUGACUACAUUGCGAUGCAUGACGUAGACUUGAUGCCCAUUAAUGACAAUUUAAAGUACAACUAUCCAGCCUCGGGUCCAUUCCAUAUAUCCUCACCUCAAACACACCCUAAAUACCAUUACGAUACUUUCAUUGGAGGUAUUUUGUUGAUAACGAAAGAACACUAUGAACUAGUUGAUGGGAUGUCCAAUAAUUAUUGGGGAUGGGGGUUGGAAGAUGAUGAAUUCUAUGUCAGGCUUAGAGAUGCGGGUUUGAAAGUAACCAGGCCUGCUAACAUCACUACUGGACCCGAUAACACCUUCAAGUAAGGAAUUUGUUAAAAAAUAUCUUGAUUCUAGCAACUAUGAAAUUCCCAUUGUUUAAUUUAUGAGUUUGAGAAAGUUUACAAUUCUUAAAAUAAUUGAUUUCAUAUAUUUAAUUAAUCUGUUGUAUAAUUAACUAACAU